AUGGCACGGGUGGAAAUGACCGCUGGUGCGCGAUUGCGAUUUUCGGAUCUCGAUCCGGCGGAGAGAAAAAAAGUACUCGAAAGGCGGGGCACCACGGGGAUGAAUAUAAAAGUGCUAGAGGAUAUUGAGAGAGUCGGUCAAACAUGGAUAUCGACUCGAAGAUUAAGGCCUACCGCUUCGUCGGCUACGCAGCCGUCACAUUUUCGGCCGUCGCGGUCUUAUCCGUGUGCAUCACCCUCCCCAUGGUCUACAACUACGUCCAUCAUGUCCGCUCACAGAUGCACUCUGAGCUUACCAUGUGCAAGGGCUCCGCCAAAGACGUAUGGUCCAGUGUGUACUCCAUUAAAGAGCUGCCCACGGCCAAUAGGACCGCUAGGGCUGCCAGCAAUGAUCAGUGCAACGGAUGUUGCCUACCUGGACCCGUGGGUCCCGUCGGAUCUCCCGGCAAGCCUGGAAAGCCUGGAAAACCUGGAGCACCUGGAAUGCCAGGAAACCCUGGACGCCCACCGCAGGCUCCUUGCGAGCCAGUUACACCUCCGCCGUGCAAAGAGCUCUCCUGGAGCUCCAGGAGAGCCUGGACCAAAGGGACCAGAUGGAGAGCCAGGAGCACCUGGACAGGACGGGGAGCCUGGUCAGCCUGGACAUCCUGGUCAAGACGGACAACCUGGAGAGAAGGGUAUUUGCCCGAAAUAUUGUGCGAUCGAUGGCGGAGUCUUCUUCGAGGACGGAACGCGUCGUUAG